AUGGAUAUUGAUUCGAACAAUAAUUUUUUCAAUGGGAGUGACGAAGUUGAAGAAGAAGAUAGCACUCUUUCAUUUAAUGAGUGUGGUGAAGUUGAAGAACCUAAGAAAGGAAUGUAUUUUAGCUCAAAGGAAGAGGUGUACGCAUUUUAUGCAAAAUAUGCGAAACACUCGGGAUUUGCUAUAGCUUAUAGAACACAAAAUUUAACAUGUGAUGGGGAAGUUAAGUACUUUGGAAUUGAAUUUUAUGAUUCAUUCACAAAAGAUGAAUUUGAGGAAUACUGGAAAGCAGUGAUUGAAAAUUUCAAUUUGAAUGAUAACGAGUGGUUGGGGUAUUAUAUCACCACCUUGAAGCAAUUUGUUGAGCAAUAUGACAAUGCGUUGAGAAGUAAGGUAGAAAAUGAGACAAAAGUAGAUUUUAAGUCUCGUAACAAAGUGUAUGAUUGCUUAACGGUGUAUCAUUUUGAGAAGCAAUUUCGUACAGCUUACACUAAUUCCAAAUUUAAAGAAGUUCAACUAGAAAUGAAGCGUCUAGUGUAUUGUCGUGCAAAUCUUAUCAAAGAGGAGGGAGCAAUUUGUACCUAUCAUGUGAGGGAGGCUGUUGUUGUGGGUGAGGGGAUGAAGAAAGUGGAAUUUGUUGUGCACUUUAAUUCAACUGAAUGUGAGCUCCAAUGUAUGUGUCGGUUGUUUGAGUUUAGAGGUAUUAUGUGUGCCAAUUCACUUUGUGUGCUCAUUGAAAGAUCCAUAUAUGAGGUGCCAAAUAAAUACAUUGUUUCGAGAUGGAGAAAAGACUUGGAAAGAGGCUACGCAUGCAUUCUAACCACACAUACUAACUUUGGCUCUUCUCUACAUCCAAAGUUGCAUGAUAACUAUCACAACACGUUGGAUGAGAUCCUAGAACUUGCUACCAAUGAUGAUGGUAAACACAAAGUGAUUCAACUUGGGUUGAUGAAAAUCAAAGAUGAAGUGAGAACAGUUCAAUCAAGUAGUGCAAGUAAUGUGCCAUGUAUUAGUACUUUACCAUCUUCCCAUACUUUACCAAAAAGUCCGCCUCGUAUCAAUACUACAAAAGAAAUCAUGACUCGCAAGGUACUAAGUCCUUUGGUUGCUCGCCGAAGAGGCCGUCCAUGUACGAAACAGAAGGUUAGCAAGGUUGAUGCAAUAGUCAAUCGGUUGAAGGGAAAGAAUAAGAAGGCUAACCCAGCACCAGUUAGCACAAUUGGGGACAACAUUGGAAGCACAUCUUAUACUCAAGCUGGAAUGGUCAACAAUAUUAGCAGUCAAAGUUCGAUAGUACCAUCAAAUUUUGUUGACUUGAACAUCGACGGGGAUCCGAAUGUCCCUACAAGGGGCUGUCCUGACCUCAAAAGUCUGCAUCUUACUGUGUUGCAAGCUCUGUCUGUUGAACAUGGACCAUUCAUGCGUGAAUUUGUUGAGUGA